AUGCUUGCAACUGAUACUCCAUUUGCCAAGAGGCUAACACAAUGUGCAUGCGCCAUUUUGUGGUGCUUAUUAUGUGGUGGCCCAAUCUUUGGGUUUGCAGCCUUGAAGCCAAUCUUGAUCAAAGAGCACGUGUAUGAAUCAUUAUGCGACCUCCACCCAGAAACUGCUACUACGCCCUCCUUGAUCCAUGCAGCUGCAAAUGACGUGGUUGCAAAAUGUACACCGCAAGACUUGAAAUUGAACAAGAUGUUCACCAUUGCUGCAGUUGUCACCAAUGUGUCGGCAUUGCUUAUCGGACAUGUGUUGGAUAACUUUGGACCAAAAGUAUGUGGGUUGAUAGGAGCUGGUUUCUUAUACUUGGCCAGUUUUAUCUUCAUUUAUGCCAAGCAGAUGCAAUUGUCAACAAUGUGGUCAUCUUGGUUCGACCCAUACGUGAUGGGGUACAGUUUUUUGGCUUUGGGUGGUCCAUUCACAUUUAUCUCAUCGUUCCAACUCUCAAACUCAUUUCCGGAACGGAGUGGAACAAUAUUGGCAAUGUUGACAGGUGCUUUUGAUGCGUCAAGUGCGGUAUUCUUGCUUUACCUGAUCGUGUACACCAAAUCACAUGGAGAGUUUACUUUGGAUACUUUUUUCCGAGUGUAUUUACUUGUGCCGAUUUUUAUUACUAUUGCUCAGUUGACGGUGAUGCCUAGUGAAUCCUAUCAGACGAGUACUGAAUUUGUCAAGUUGGUUGAUGGUAGUCCAGAGAGGGAAAGAAGCGGUAAUGCUAAUCCAGUUGUUACUGAAGAGUCUGCGUUGUUGUCGAGUGAAUCGCAACCGCCCAGAAGAGACUCGAUUGGUGAUGCUUUGAAACACCCUUAUGAAGAAGAAGAAUACUUGAUCAAGCACAGGAGUGACCCAGUUGUGGGAAUCCUUCAUGGAUAUUCAGCCCAAUAUCAAAUCAAAACCUGCUGGUUCUUGUUAAUCUGUUUAUUCAGCACGAUUCAAAUGUUGAAAAUCAAUUACUUUGUUGCUACGAUUGCCAGUCAAUACCAGUACAUUUUCAAAUCGUAUGAGCUUGCAGCUAAGCUCAACAAGUUUUUUGACGUUGCAUUGCCACUAGGCGGUAUUAUUAGUGUGCCGCUCAUUGGAAUAUUACUUGACAAUUACUCCUCGUUGUUUGUUGUAUCCACACUUUUGACCAUUUCGCUCCUUAUUGGAAUCCUUGGUUUUUUUUCAAACUACGCAUUGGCAGUUGUUGGCGUAUGUUUAUUUGUGGGAUACAGACCAAUGUUUUACACCGUUAUCUCAGAUUUGUGUGCCAAAGUAUACGGCUUUGAGACAUUUGGCACGGUUUACGGGUCUAUAAUGACCAUAAGUGGUGUUUUCAACUAUGGACAGAGCUAUUUAGACGAAUUGACGCAUACUGUGUUUGACAUGGAUCCAAUGCCUGUCAAUUUAGUGUUGCUUUUGGCCACGCUUGUUGUUGGUGGGUUCACUGUGGGGACUGUGUUUGGAGUACAAGAGUUUUGGUCAACUGUGUUCAGUUUGGGUAACUUGUAUGUUAAUUUCAAAAGUUUCAAGGUUAUUUAUCGUGAGUUGAAGAAGUUGUCAACAAGCAAGAAACAUCAGGGUGAAGUGCCCACUGUUGUUGUCGAAUCGCGGAUAUUGUAUUGGCAAAGCAUCUUGUUGCUUACUAUUUCAUGCAUUGGAUGGUGUUUUAGUUCUAUUUUCCAUUUCCGCGAUACUGCAUCCACUGAAGUGCUAGAUUACUUUGGUGCAUUUGCCAUCAUACUAUGCAAUUUGAACAUUAUAGUUGUGCGAUUUUUCAAAUUGUACAAGCUACAAUAUCAACUUCGCUUAGCAUUGUGGCAAUUGAGUCUCGUUGUGAUCUAUGCAUACCAUAUUGUUCGAUUAUUUAUUGAUUGGGAUUAUUCGUACAAUAUGAAUAUCAAUGUCGUUGCUGGGUUAUCGGCCAUGGUGUUGUGGUUUCUUCAUUCGUUCAAUGUGGGGCGGAUAUAUAAUAAAAACAUCAAUUUGGUGCAAAACACAAUCACUUUGGUGCCUUAUGAAACGAGCAUCUUGAAGAAGUUGUUGCAUCUACGAGAAGAUUUCAAUUAUGGAAACACUACACGGUCAAAAAAGUUGAGUUUGAUGGUGGCUAAUUUGUCUCGAUGGAUUGCAUAUAUUCCUGUGUUUAAUAAUUUGGUUCUAUUAUGUGGGUUGUACUUGGAAAUCAAUGAUUUUGCGCCAUGGUUUAGGUUGGUGGAUGCUCAUAGUUUAUGGCAUUUGUUGACCAUUUUCCCUAGUUAUAUCUGGUUUGAUUGGAACGUGUGGGAUGUGGAAAUGUCGAAAGUGACAGGGACUUUAUAG